AUGAGGAGCGGGAAGGCCUCUUGUGCCCUGGAGACCGUCUGGGAGGACAAGCACAAGUAUGAGGAAGCUGAACGGCACUUCCACAAGCAUGGGGCCACACAAGCCACCGCCUCUACCCAGCAGCUCCUGGUUGAGAUGCCCGUUGUGAAUGGGCCUGGCCAGAAGGGCACUGAGGACGCUGAUGAGUCAGAGGCCCCUGACACCGGCAGCAGGAGUGAUCCUGAGAAGAGCCUUGAGGGCAGGAAGGCCCUGCAGAAGAGGAAACGCUCUCCCAAGGGCUGGCUUGGCCAGGCAGACCUGGCUUUUGUGGGCCUGUCGGCAGAGAGUGUAUGGCUGGAAAAGCCGCUCUUCGACCGGGCAGAAAGCUCCUACCGCCAGAGGCUGGCUGACUCAGCUGCCCAGGCCCCGCAGUUACCCACCUUGGCCCGUCAAGGUCCCUGCACACAUGGGAGCCUGGUGGCCUGCCACCAUGUGACCUGGGGCAUCUGGGUCAACAAAUCUUCCUUUGACCAGGCUGAGCGGGCUUUUGUGGAGCGGUCACAGGCCCUGCUGCUGGCUGCACAGGGGAGCCACAGGCAGGGAGCUCCUGACACCAACCCAAGGGCUGCCAGCCUUAAUCUGGCCCUAGCCUGCCUGCCCAGCACACCGCCCAAUGGUCAGCCCACUCUAGGAAGCCUGCAGGCACUGGUGAGGGAGGUGUGGCUGGAGAAACCCCAGUACGAUGCUGCAGAGAGGGCCUUCUAUGAGGUCCUGUUCGACGGCCACCCCCCAGGGAAGUUGCGGCUGCAGGAGCGUGCCAGCCAGGCAGAGGGAGCUCGGCGGGGCCGCAGAGAUCGGAGGGCCCGUAACACUACCAUAGGAAGCAAGCGAGCUGGGCCACGUCGUGCAGACAGAGAGGCCCCCUCUGCCUUGCCCUACUGGUAUUUUCUGCACAAGGACGCGGAAGCCCCUUGGCUUAGCAAGCCCACCUACGACCGUGCUGAGUGCCACCACCACGCUACUGAGGCCCUGCGCAUGGCCUGGUGCCUUGAAGCUUCCUCUCUGGUUCACCACCCUGGGCCCCAGUCUGGCCUGUCUAUGUCCAGCCUGAGACCUAAAAAAAUGGCCACAGACUUUCUAGUGCAUGAGAAAAUCUGGUUCGACAAGUUCAAGUAUGAUGAUGCAGAAAGGAAAUUCUACGAGCAGAUGAAUGGUCCAGUGGCUGGUGCCUCCUGCCAGGAGAAUGGUGCCAGCGUGAUCCUCCGAGACAUUGCAAGAGCCAGAGAAAACAUCCAGAAAUCCCUGGCUGGACUCAAGGAGGUGUUGCCUGACCCCUCUGAGGCCAUGAGCCAGGCUGCCUCUGGGACUAGCUCAGGCCCUGGGACUUCCAGUGGGCCUGGUGGAGACCACAGUGAGCUUGUUGUCCGGAUUGCCAGCUUGGAAGUGGAGAACCAGAACCUGCGAAGUGUGGUGCAGGAUCUGCAGCAGGCCAUCUCCAGGCUGGAGGCCCGGCUGAGCACCCUGGAGAAGAGCUCACCCAUCCAUCGAGCCACAGCCCCACAGACCCAGCACGUGUCUCCCAUGCGCCAAGUGGAGCUCCCAACCAAGAAGGUGGCCACACCAGCAGAGGACGACGAGGACAAUGACAUUGACCUGUUUGGCAGCGAAGAGGAGGAGGACAAGGAGGCAGCCCGGCUGCGGGAAGAGAGGCUGAAGCAAUAUGCAGAAAAGAAGGCCAAGAAGCCCUCGCUGGUGGCCAAGUCCUCCAUCCUCCUGGAUGUCAAACCCUGGGAUGACGAGACAGACAUGGCCAAGCUGGAGGCCUGUGUGCGCUCUAUCCAGCUGGAUGGGCUGCUCUGGGGUGGCUCUAAGCUGGUCCCUGUGGGUUACGGCAUCCGAAAGCUGCAGAUCCAGUGUGUGGUAGAGGACGACAAAGUGGGCACCGACUUGCUGGAAGAGGAGAUCACCAAGUUUGAGGAGCAUGUGCAGAGUGUGGACAUUGCAGCUUUCAACAAGAUCUGAAGCCAGGCAUGCAUGUGUGCAAGGGAGGCCCUGCUGAUAUUAAAAACUGAGACUCCGCA